CCCCACCCGGUCGACACCCGUCCCGCUCGCAUAGAUCGCCCGCGUAGAGCGGCAAGGGGCGUCCUCCUCGUGUUCGUCAACAUGCUGCUCCGGACACCGCUCGCGAUCCUCCUCUUGGGGGCCGUCUUGGCCUCCGUUGUCCUCGGCACGUCGCCGCCGUCAUCCCUCGAGCGCUCCACCAGUAACCAGGGUACGCUGGCCGCCGGCAGGGACGCAGUGCUCAGCAGGAAGAGGAGGUACAUCGUGUUCCCGAGAGGCAGCUCCAUCCAGCUGGUGUACUGCAUGUCCUUCCCAGGCUACAUCCCCUUCCAGUCCAUCUUCGUGUUCGGGCUGACGGCGGGCUUGGCGUGGCAGCUGCCCACCGAGCCUCAGCAGGUGUACCUGCAGCGCAGAGACGUCGGCCGGCACCCUGACAGGGAGCACCGCGUCAACCUGUACCGCUCGGUGCAGACCUUCCUCAGCCAACGUGGUUUGCGUGGAGAGGAAUGCGUCCACAGAACGGUGUGCGAGAGUAGCAGUCCAACGCAGAACAAGGGCACAUUCAUGCAGGAGCUACUCGGCGUUCUGUUUAAUCUUCCGGACGGCGGUGGCGAGGACAGGACGACGUGGGAUGCAGCCCGAUACGAUGGAACGCCUUGCGCAGUGCGCUUCCCCAACUGCUCGUCCGUGCUCGAUCUGACCCUGCCCAUUGAAGCGAAGCAAUAAAACUUCCUAAUUA